GUAUAUGACCUUGAAAAAAAUCUCUGUUAUAGGGUCACGAUACAACCACCUCGUCCAUUACCUUUGCCAUAUAUUUGCUCUCACGACAUGUGGACAUACAACAAAAAGUCUUGGAGGAACAAUGCCGAAUAAUGGCGGGAAAUCUGAAAGGCAAUGCCACGCUGCAGGAUUUAAAUGAGAUGAAAUAUUUGGAUUGCGUUAUCAAGGAAUCCAUGCGGAUAUAUCCACCGGUGCUCUUUUUUGGCAGAAAUGUCGAGAAGGAAUACAAUAUGAAUGGCAAAACCAUACCAGCCCACACCUCACUGCUCAUAUUCGUCAUAGCAAUGAACUAUAACGAAGCCAUCUAUCCGGAUCCAUAUCGUUUCGAUCCGCAACGAUUUGAUGCCGACCAACGUAUGACCACACAAAAUCCCUUUGAAUAUGUGCCAUUUGGCGGUGGCCAACGUAACUGUAUUGGACAAAAAUUCGCCAUGCUCGAAGUGAAGACAGUCAUCUCCAAGAUUGUUAGAAAUUUCCAAAUAUUAGCCCCCGAAGAUGGCCUAGAAUCGAAAGAUGGUUACAUUAGUACACUCUAUGGGCCACAGCGAGCACGGGCGCCCAAACCCGAUAAAUAUGUGCCGACAUUAUUACAUGCCAUUACGCUGAGAGCGGAAAGUGGCUUACAUUUGCGUUUAAGGGAGAGGAAGUAAAGAAGAAAAUAUUUAUUUUUUUUCAAUAAAGGAAA